AUGUCUCACCCAGCGCCAACCAACAAGCCGUCUAAUUCAGAAAACCCUCGAGUUUUCUUUGACGUAGACAUCGGCGGUGCUAGAGCCGGCCGAAUAGUAUUGGAGCUGUUCGUAGACAUCACUCCAAAGACAGCGGAGAACUUCCGAGCCCUCUGUACAGGAGAGAAAGGCCUGGGAAAGACCACCGGAAAACCUCUACACUUUAAAGGAUGUCCUUUCCACAGAAUCAUCAAGAAGUUUAUGAUCCAGGGAGGAGACUUCUCCAACCAGAACGGUACCGGUGGCGAGAGCAUCUACGGCGAGAAGUUUGAGGAUGAGAACUUCCACUACAAGCAUGACCAAGUGGGCCUGCUGAGCAUGGCCAACGCCGGGCCCAACACCAACGGCUCGCAGUUCUUCAUCACCACAGUGCCCACGCCGCACCUUGACGGCAAGCACGUGGUCUUCGGCCAGGUGCUGAAGGGAAUGGGCGUAGUCAAAAUGCUGGAGGCCGUCGACACCAACGACGACAAUCCCGUCAAGCCUUGCGUGAUCGCCGACUGCGGCGAGCACAAGGAUGGCGACAGCUGGGGUGCCGCCCCGAGCGACGGGACGGGCGAUGUCCAUCACGACUUCCCAGAGGACUCUGAUGUCAACUUCAAAGAUGUGGACAAAGUUUUGUUUGUAGCUGAGGACAUUAAGAAGAUUGGAAACAACCUUUUUAAGAGUCAAGAUUGGAACGCCGCUGUGAACAAAUAUAGCAAAGCUCUUAGGUAUUUAGAGGUGUGCGGUGAAGUUUUGGAAGAGAAUGAGGGCGAGGAGUCUCCGGCGCAAAAGAAGCUGGAGCCCGCCGUGCUCAGCUGCUACCUCAACACUGCCGCCUGCAAGUUAAAGCUGCAAAUGUGGCAGGAGGCUAUGGACAGCUGCAAUGAGGCUCUGGAGCUGGACAACAGCAACACCAAGGCUCUUUUCCGCAGGGCUCAGGCCUGGCAGGGUCUCAAGGAGUUCAGUCAAGCCAUGACUGAUCUGAAGACAGCUCAAGGAAUAGCUCCAGAGGACAAAGCCAUCAGCAACGAGAUGAAGCGCGUACAACUCCAAGUCCAGCAGGAAAAGGAAAGAGAGAAGAAAAUCUACGCCAAAAUGUUUGCCUGA